AUGCCAGAACACGCCAUCUUCCAAUGUUUUAAUUGCACAGCCUUUAGUAUUAAUCAGGUGACAAAGAAUCGGAAGUGGAAAUGUAAAUUAUGUGGCUCUCAACAAUCGAUCAGAAAAGUAUUUGCCAACUCUAAUCAACCGAAGGAUCUUCGACCAAUUGUUCAAGAAUUAAAUAUGAAGAGAGGUGAAAUUGAACAGGAAGUUUUGGAGGCUAGACAAUUGGAGGAGGAAAAUGAAGAACAAAUUGUGGAGAAAAAACCAAUUUACAAACAGGCAUCGGCUAGUAAAUGGAGUCAAUUCAAGGAGGAAAAGAAAAGAUAUGUUCAUGAUGAUGAUGAGGAUGAGGACGAGGGAUUUGAUGUUGUGACAAGUUUGGAAAAGGAGAAGAAAUCAAGAAAGCCUGCAACUAAAUCGCAAAGUAAAAAGAGGAAAAAAGCUGAGGAUGAUGGAGAUGAAGGAGAAUAUGCUGAAUAUGAUGAAUAUGACAGCUACAAUUCAGGUAAUAGCAGAAAUACCAAGUCCACAAGUAAUAAGAAAAAUAAUAGUGAUUGGGAUUCUUACAAUGAUGAAACAAUUCCUCAAACAAGUGAAGAUAAUGACCACUUCUUUUUUGAGGAAGAGGAUGAACAACCAAAAAAGAAGACUAAACCAACAUUUGCAAAUAAUCCAACCAUUAACAAAUCAUCUAAUUCAAAGUGGUCAAAAUUCGUAUAA